AUGGAGAAUGUUCGAGCAUAUGGUGCUGGCCUAGCUGGAGGACAAUUUCAACUGAGCGUUUUCUUGAGAAAACCGGCUGUUAUCUUGCGAAUUUUUGCUUUGGUUGUUGGUCUUGCACAGUGGAUCGCCGUUUCACGUGGUGGUUGGUAUACAUCAGAAAAUGGUGACAAACAAAUUUGCCUUUAUGCCAAUAGUUCAUCGACCUGUUCUUUCGGUUCAGCGAUGGGUUUUUUUGCUGUUCUGAGUUCACUGGGUUUAUUGUUUCUAGAUGCUAAAUUCGAGAAAAUUAGUUCCAUUCCAACUAGAAAACGUGCUGUAACCACCGAUAUGAUCCUUUCUGCACUGCUGGCAUUCUUAUUUCUGAUAACUUUUUUUUCGUUAUGGUCAAAGUAUGGUGAGGUGGAUAUAAGCAAACCGUAUGAUGGCGGUAUGGCCAAAAGCGCCAUUUUAUUCGCGUUUCUAUCAUUCGUUACUUGGGGGGCGGUUACGUUUUUGGCAUGGAGACGAUACGAAGAAGGUGCAAUAACAAAUUUCGUACCAUCAUAUGAACAAGAUUUCACAACUGGGAUACAUGCUGGACCAGAUUACAGCUAUGGUGGAGAAAGCGAUAUCGGCGUUGCUGGACAAAGUGAGAGAGGUGCAUAUCAGAAUGCUCCAUUUACAGCAAUCAAUACAGCAGAAUCUCCAGUGGAUAUUACAAAAAGUUAUCAGGGAUAUUAG